AUCUUGACAAAGAAAACGACUGUUGCGUUCACUCUGUUCAGUGAAAUCAAACAUCAACCCAAUGUCGACGUGCUCGUCGUCGUCCUCCUCUGGAUCUUGGAACAGCACCAAGGCAUGGAUCGUCCACGGAAUCGUCGCCGGAGUUGCGGUUGCGGUGGCAAUUGGGGCCCGGGUCUACUUGGGUCCGACUAAGAAGUUCCGGAGCCGGGUCGUCGGCAUCAUACCUGCCCGCUUUGCUUCUUCUCGUUUCCAGGGCAAGCCCCUCGUUCAGAUCCUCGGAAAACCCAUGAUCCAGAGAACAUGGGAAAGAGCAAAACUUGCAAGUACACUGGAUCGUGUUGUUGUGGCGACAGAUGACGAGAGGAUUCAAGAAUGUUGUCACAGUUUUGGAGCUGAUGUCGUAAUGACCUCAGAAUCCUGCCGGAACGGUACCGAGCGUUGCUCUGAAGCAAUUGAGAAGCUCGAGAAGAAUUAUGAUAUAGUUGUCAAUAUUCAAGGGGAUGAGCCUCUUAUUGAACCUGAGAUAAUAGACGGAAUUGUUAAAGCUUUGCAGGAAGCUCCAGAUGCAGUGUUUAGUACUGCAGUCACGUCAUUAAAAUUUGAAGAUGCAUUGGAUCCAAAUCGAGUGAAAUGUGUGGUGGAUAAUAGUGGUUAUGCCAUCUAUUUUUCAAGGGGGCUGAUUCCAUUUAACAAGUCAGGAAAGGCGAAUCCACAGUUUCCCUAUUUGCUUCAUCUAGGAAUUCAGAGCUACGAUACAAAGUUUCUAAAGAUAUAUCCAGAACUUCAACCUACUCCUUUGCAACUAGAAGAGGAUCUGGAGCAGCUUAAGGUCCUUGAAAAUGGGUAUAAGAUGAAGGUGAUUAAAGUUGACCAUGAGGCUCACGGUGUUGACGCCCCUGAAGAUGUUGAGAAGAUUGAAUCUCUAAUGCGCGAAAGGAACUUGUCUUAGGAGUUCCUAGUUUGCAGCAGUAAAUCAGACCAUGGAAAAGAGUAUGUCUUCCGUAGACUCGUAAUUAUUGUGAUUGUAGCUGUUAAGUUUUCUAAGUGUUUUCCGGCAUGCUGCCGAGUUUUUGCAAAAUUUUUUGUAUAUUAAGAGUGAAUUAUUACCAGUCAUUCCUUGUGGAUCUGUUUAUCUCUUCCACUGAUGAAUUUGGUAUCCAUAGCCGAAAGUUUAGGAUUCUUUAUUGUAUAAUUUGUAUUUUAAUGAUGUUUAUCGUAUGAAUUAGUGUGUAUUACUAUUAUGUGCCAUAAUUGAGGGAUUAAAUUUUGUUC